UUUCCUGUCGGACCAAUAAUAGUGUUACACCAAAUGUCUGGCAAACAUCCGUUGAAUCUUGCAGGGUUGUGAAAGCGUUAUUCGUGACGACUUUACAACCGUGUCGGUAGGUUAAAGCAGGAUGAUGGCCCUGUUUGGAUGGCUUGUUUAGGACGUCGCCUGGGACAAUCACGCAUCUUUCUUCCCGGUGUGUCCAUGCUCAGGCUGUUUGGCUCAUUCGGGGUGGACGACAUGGGUCCAGCUACGAGUCGUUCUCCGCUAGAGCGGCUCGAGUUUGACAACGUCGUUCUCAGGAAACUCCCCCUGGACCCGUCAGAGGAGCCGGGGGUGAGGCAGGUGAAGGCAGCGUGUUUCUCUCGGGUGAAGCCGCAGCCGCUGACCAGGCCUCGGUUCGUGGCGGUGUCGCCUGAAGCCCUGGCGCUGCUGGGGCUCAACGGAGAGGAGGUCUUGAACGAUCCGCUCGCACCAGAGUACCUCAGCGGCUCCAAAAUCAUGCCUGGAUCCGAGCCCGCCGCACACUGCUACUGUGGGCACCAGUUCGGCCAGUUCGCCGGGCAGCUGGGAGACGGGGCGGCCUGCUACCUGGGAGAAGUGAAGGUACCACCUGGCCAAGACCCCGAACUAUUACAGGAAAACCCGAGCAGCCGGUGGGAAAUCCAGGUGAAAGGAGCUGGACUGACCCCUUAUUCCAGACAAGCUGAUGGCCGUAAGGUUCUUCGCUCCAGUAUAAGAGAAUUCCUGUGCAGUGAGGCCAUGUUCUUCCUGGGUGUGCCUACCAGCAGAGCAGGCUCCGUGGUGACCUCUGACAGUAGGGUCUUACGGGAUGUGUACUAUAGCGGAAAACCUUGUUAUGAGAGAUGCUCUGUGGUCCUCCGCAUUGCCCCCACCUUCCUCAGAUUUGGAUCCUUUGAAAUUUUCAAGCAGGUUGACGAGUUCACAGGUCAUCAAGGUCCUAGCUACGGCCAUGAUGAGAUCCGAGGUCAGAUGUUGGAUUAUGUCAUUGAGAUGUUUUACCCAGAGAUCCAGCAUAAUUACCCAGACCGAGUGGAGAGGAACGUAGCGUUCUUCAGAGAGGUGAUGCUUCGCACAGCUCGACUCGUGGCACAGUGGCAGUGUGUAGGUUUCUGUCAUGGAGUCCUGAACACAGAUAACAUGAGCAUUCUGGGACUCACACUGGACUAUGGUCCAUAUGGAUUUAUGGACAGGUUUGAUCCAGAUUUCGUUUGCAAUGCCUCUGACAACUCUGGCCGCUAUUCCUACCAGGCUCAGCCAGCUAUCUGCAGGUGGAACCUGGUGAAGCUAGCAGAGGCUCUUGCUCCAGAGCUGCCACCAGACCGGGCUGAGUCAGUUAUUGGCGAGUACCUGGGCCUGUACAAUAGCUUCUACCUAGAGAACAUGAGGAAGAAACUGGGUUUAUUGAAGAAAAAAGAACCUCAGGAUGAAACCCUGAUCACUGAGCUGCUGCAGACCAUGCACAACACAGGUGCUGACUUCACAAACACCUUCCGCAGUCUGAGUCAGAUUUCCUGUCCCACAGAGGGAGAAAGUGUGUUAGAAGAGGAUUUUGUCAAACAUGCCACAGACCUCCUGUUGGAGCAGUGCGCCUCUUUAGAGGAGCUCAAAGCCACCAACAAACCCAGUAUGGAUCCACGUGAGCUGGCGAUGCUGCUGUCUAUCGCUCAGAGCAACCCGGCACUGUUCCAGAUGAUCUCAGAAAGGAUGAGAAUAGAGAGGCAGUUAGACAGACUCAGCAGGCUGAAAGGCCUGAUGGAGACCAGCCAGGAAGAGCUGAAAACCCAACAGGCAGAGGAGUGGAGCCACUGGAUCGCAUGCUACAGGAAGCGUCUGGCUCAUGAGCUGGAGGGCCAGAGCGAUGUGCAGUCAGUCCAGGAAGAGAGGGUGAUGGCGAUGGACUACACUAACAUCGCCCAGAAUGCAAUAGAGGCAGCUGAGAAUGGCGACUUCUCAGAGGUCCAGCGGGUCCUCAAGGUUCUAGAGAAACCUUUUUCUUCUCAGCCCGGACUGGAGCUUCCUGCGUGGGUGGGGGAAGGUGGCAGCACCGAACAGGCAGAGAGGGAUGAAGGAGAGGAGCAACAGCAAGAGAUGGCGUCCACAACCGGAGCCAGAAAUCCUGUUCCCUAUGACAGCAAGCCCCCUUCUUGGGCCCAGGAAAUCUGUGUCACAUGAUCUUCCUAAUGACUUCCCUGAGCGUUAUUUUGUCUGCUUAAAAUGAUAUGGGAGUUCACUGGUAGUAUAGUACAUAUUUUAUACCUCUUUAUGUCCCUACCCUCUCUUUCUGUAUUACUUUGGCAGGCAGUAUCAGGGAAGUUAGCAUGAGGCAAAGCACCACACAGGCAACCUGGCUGAUACAAAGCAGACAGGGAAUAAGGAGGGUCGUAAAAAUACAUAUGACCUUAGAGGAAUUCUGUUGACGAGGGGUUAGCUGGGCCACCAGUUCCGUCCAUGGAUGGAUCUUUUACAGAUGCCUUUCAAUACGAGGUGCAACAAGUGGAAGAAACGAGAUGAGAAUCUUAUACAAAAUUGUGCACAAGUAUAGUUAGAUUUUUUGAGAUAUUGUUAAUUUCCUGACUCUUCAACUUUUCAAAAAACCCUCAACUUGUUUCCUGUCUGUUCUGUUAGUGUUUGGGUAGCUACUAAUGACGACUCAGACACCAAGUCCAACUGUGACCUGUCUGACUCUGACAAACUGUGGGGUGUCAUCUCAGCAUAUAUCAAAUAAUAUAAUGUUUGUGUGAGAGAGAAAUGAUAUUCCAGGCAUGUGUAGGGGUGAAAGAAAGUGAUCUAAAUAAGCUACAGUAGAUAAACGCACAAUAUAUUGUCCUUUAAUAGAAAAGGUCUUUUGCCAAGGUCACACAUCACAGUUAGUAGAGUGAAGGAGAAAAUGAGAACUACAUAUUUAAGAGUUUUAGUUCAGUUGUGAUUAUGCAAAUCUUUUAUGGCAAGUUUAAAACAUUCACAAAUGUGAUGCUGUCAAGCAUGAUUAUGUGGGGAGUGGUAUACAUUUUCAUCAUGUUUAUGAACUUGAUUAAAUUGUAGUGCCUCCUCAUCUGGCCAGCAGUGCUGGUUAGAACUUGUUCCAUUUGAACCAGGAUCAGUCUGCUGCUUUGGCACUUUGGAUUUGUUGUUACAGUUAAACUUUUCAAGGUGUAGCGCAUUGUUAAAAAAUGACAAAUGAAAUUAUGUUUCAGUUUUAUUUUUCCACACUAAUUAUGAAAUACACUGUUGAGGUCUUAGUUGUAGCCAAUCUAUUUUAAUAAACAGAACUUUCAGUA